UGUAUCGGAUAAAGUUCAACGAGUCCUACGCAGAGAUGAAGAAAGGGACAAACGAGUGGAAAACCAUCCUGGGGGGAGUUCUGUUCUUCCUUGGCCUCACUGGAGUCAUCCUCAUCUGGCAGAAGCACUUCAUGUACGGCGCUGUCCCUCACACCUUCUCUGACGAGUGGGUCUCAGCUCAGACCAAGAGGAUGUUGGACAUGAGGGUGAACCCCGUGCAGGGCAUCACAGCCCAGUGGGAUUUUGACAAGAACGAAUGGAAGAAAUAAAGCAACUCAGUGGAACCUGCUCUGCUUGAACAUGAAAUGAUUCCAUCACCCGUGUGUGACCUCGUUGCUUGUUGUACUGGAACACCCUCUCCACCUCCAGAAAUGCUAAUAAAUGUCUGGUUAACUUGA